AUGCAUUAAAACCCAGAAACAAGUUUUAAAGAAUAUUAGACUUAAAUAUCUAUUUAAGAUUAUUUAAUUUAACUUGGUGUUUCCUAAUAAAACAUAAAAAAAAUAGCUAAAACAGGUUUAUUUGUUGAUUUAUAAGGCCGUCCUGAACCCAAAGGUGAGAAAAGAACUAUAACAUUUAGAGCUGAUAUAGAUGCAUUAUAAAUGACAGAAUAGAAUCCCCAUUUAGAAUACUAAAGUGUAAAUGGUGCAGCUCAUAUGUGUGGACAUGAUGGUCAUACAACAUGUUUGCUUGGAUUUGCGAGUUUAUUUAUGGAAAAAAUAAAUGAAGUUCCAUCUAAUAAAACUAUUAGACUUUUAUUUUAACCUUCCGAAGAAGGACCAGAAAGUGGGGCUAUUGAAAUGAUAAAAGAUGGUUGUUUAUAAAAUGUCGAUGAGGUUUAUGGAUUCCAUAAUUGGCCAACACAUAAAGUAGGCUAUUUAAUGGUUAAACCAGGACCUGUAAUGGCUUAGGUAUGUAUAAUUAAAUUAACUAUUAUUGGAAAAGGAGGACAUGGUAGUGAACCUUUGAAAGCAAUAGAUCCUAUUUAAGCAGCAAUUGAUUUUCAUAUUAAGUUUAGAUAAAUUAACGAAAAGCAUAAAAAUAGAUAAUUUGUAUGUACUUUGCCUAUAUUCUAAGCAGGAGAAAGAUAUAAUGUGAUUCCUUAAACUGCAUUUUUAAGUGGAACUUUUAGAUCUCUUGAAAAUGGUUUUGAUGAAGAAUUUAAAAAAGAUUUAGUUUAAAUACUUGAAGAAAUUAAAUAUUAAAAUAAAGUAGAUUACUAAUUAGAUUGGAAAAAUACUUUCCCUAUACUAUCUAAUACUGAGAAAGAAGCUAAUGAUAUAGAAAGAAUUGCAAAAGAAUAUUUCGGUGAACAAAAUGUAGGUUUCGGAUGUAUGCCAGUCAAAGCAUCUGAAGAUUUCGGUUUUUAUGUAUAAAAUAAGCCUGGGGCUUUCUUUUUUUAGGUUCUUAAAGAGAUGAAAGAAAUGCUAUGUUACAUGAUUGCUAAUAUGAUUUUAAUGAAACCUUGA